UCGAGCCAUCCUGUACAUAACCAAAUUUUCGCCCAGUCACAGCCUAUUUAAAUCGAAUUACAUAACCCUCCGCGAAUUACAAUCCACCGAACCCAGCCAUGUUCAAACCGAAAUCGCCCACCGCCAUCCCCGACUUCUACAAGGGCAAGAGCGUCUUCGUGACCGGCGGCUCCGGCUUCGUGGGCAAGGUGCUCGUCGAGAAGCUGCUGCGCUCCUGUCCCGACAUCAAGACCAUCUACAUGCUCAUCAGACCGAAGAAAUCGGCCACCGUCGAGCAGCGCCUGGAGCAGAUCAAAGGGAAUGUACUUUUCAGCGUGCUGAAGGAGGCCCAACCGAAGGCUUUGGAUAAACUCGUGCCCGUCGCCGGGGAUAUCACCAAAAUCGGUCUAGAUUUGAGCGAGCAAGACAGGGCGAUGCUGGUGAAAACGGCUACGAUAGUGUUCCACGUGGCCGCCUCCGUGCGCUUCGACGACUUCCUGCAGGCGGCGGUGUUCACCAACCUCCGAAGCACCAGGGAGACGGUCAGGCUGGUGGAGCAGCUGAAGCAGGUCGACGCCUUCGUGCACGUCUCGACGGCCUAUUCGAACUGCGAGAGGAAAUUCGUCGAGGAGGCCUUCUACCCGGGGAAAUGGGAUUGGCGCGAGGCCAUCGAGGUGGCCGAGCGGAUGGAGCCCGAGCACCGGCUGGUGUGCGAACGCAUCUCCGCUAAAUUCGUGGAGCCGAUGCCCAAUACUUAUGUCUUCACCAAAGGUCUGGCCGAGUGCUUGGUGAAGGAUUUGUGCUCGGGGAAGUUCCCCACGUGCGUGGUGAGGCCUUCUAUAGUUACUGCUUGCAUAGACGAGCCUUUGACGGGGUACCUGGACAACUUCAGCGGAUCCACCUCGUUGUUGGUGGCCGGUGGAACGGGCGUUGCUAGGGUGAUUAAGGCCGAUCCUAAUGGGAUUAACGAUAACGUUUUUUGCGAUAACGUCGCCAAGGCUCUGAUUAUGGCAUCUUGGGAAACGGCUAUGAGGAAAACCACCGACGAUAUUAAAGUCUACAACGUGACGUCGGACUUGACGUGCACCAGCAGGGAGCUGGUGGACAUCGGGGAGAGAAUUCUACCCCAUUACCCCAAUCGGUACUACAUAGCGCCCAUGAACAUCGGCCUCGUAAAGAGCGAUUACGGGUUUUACUUCGUCAAUUUGUUCUGCCACUUUUUCCCGUCGCUAUUUAUCGACCUCAUCCUAAAACUAGCCGGCAUCAAAGUUAGUAUUUUAAGGUUGCGCAGGAAAUUGGUGACGGCCUGCCUGGCUCUGGAACCGUUUUCGGUGCCCCGGGGGGGUUCGUGGACGUUCGUGCACGACAAUUACGUGGAGUUGGAGAAGUCGCUGGUGGACAGCGACAGAGCGGCCUUCUCGUACUCGUUCAGGUGCAAGAACAAGAAGGAAAUGUCGGAGGCCUUCACCAGGAUGAUCAUUCACUGUAAGCAGUACUUGUUCGAGUACGAGAGGGGCGAGCAGAACCUGGACGCGCGGCGGGCGCUUUACGCUAAGGUGAAAAUCGCGUACCAGUCAGUGCAGGCGCUUGCUGUGAUGUACGUUGUGUAUCUGCUGGUUUGGAAAACUAGCAUACCGGCUAUGUUUUUCGGCAGAUACUAUAACUAUCUGGUUAAUGUUUAAAAAUAACUAUUACAAUAAAAUAAUAUACAUC